GACUCGCUAACCAGCUACCAGAGCCGAAUUGCCAAUCGCCCCCUUACAACCCCCCGUUCGCCCGCAGGUGGACCAUCGCUUCCGCAGUCUUUGGCUCCUGACUCUCCGAGGGGAUGGCGUUGGGCCCUGCCCCCCUGGCGCGCGGAGAGCGCCUGCGGGCCCCACGCCGACCUGAGAAAUCCGCGCGCACCUUCGACAGUUUAUGCUUAGGCACUUCUUUUGUCCGUCUGAGUCAAGGCUCGCUGGGCUAAAUCUUGGCUGAUCCGGUCUAGUCCUGGGCUUCUUCUAGACUGCUCCAGCUUAAUGGCCCCUUUUACUUGGCUUCAUGACACUUCGUCGUUGCCACAAAGACCUCCCAGGAGUUGCCUCCCCUUUUGCCCGCAGCUGGACCAUCGCUGCUGUAGCCUUUGGCUCCUGACGCGCCGAGGGGAUGCUAAGGCUCGACCGCUCGCCGCUCGUGGACCGAUCCGAGGCGGCUCCCUCGCCGACGGCAAGCGCCGGCGCUGGCGCCAGGCCCUACCAGCCUGGAACGCGUCACCAUCCCUGUGUUGGGCAGCACCUCACCUCGAUGCCGACCUCGAGGAUCCCCUCCGCUUCUGAGGGCACCUCCCUGAGACUGUCGUCGCCUCCUGCUUGCCGAUCCUGGGGACGGAGCAGCUCGAGGCUGCUGAAGGCCGCCCUGGCCGUGCCCCUGGGCUGCUGCCGGGCCCACGGCGUGGGGGGCCCGGGGCAGGCGCCUCGCGGGGGCAGGUUCCGCGUGGACGUCUGGUUCGGCGAGGGCCGCGCCGCCCUCGAGGUCUCCGCGCUCGCCACGGCUGCCCCGCACGAGGCCGCGGGGCCCGCGGUCACUGGCCGGGUCCCGGCCGGCACGUCCAGCGCCGAGCUGCUCCCCAGCCUGUGCCGCUGGCUCCACGGCGCGCUGCCCCUGCGCGCGCCGCCCCCCGCGGCCUGCGUCGACGUCGGGUGCAGGUGCGAGGACGAGCCGGAGCUCCUGGAGCUGGCGGCCUCGGUGGGCCCUGCCGGGGCCGCGCGCGGGCGCGAGCACAGCAGCAGCGCGGGGCCUGCGCUCCAGGACACUCCGCAGAGCCAGAGCGUGCUCAGCUGCGCCCACGUGGCCGGCGGCGCAGGCGGGGGCUGUGCCGGGCGCUACAGCGGCUAUUGCCCGCGCAGUUGCGGCCUCUGCUCCAAGGGGUACGUGGUGCAGACGUCUCGGAAGAAGGCGGCGCUGCCCAGCAGCUACUGCCAGGACCGGAAUCGCUCUCCAUGGGCCUGGUUCGCCGCUGAUGGGUCCCCUCUCGCGGGUCCGCCGCGGCUCCCAGCAUCGCUGCUCGUGCUCGAGGCGGGCGCAUUUGUGCCAGAGCCGGGGGACGUGGGCAGAACAGUGGCCUUCGGCGCCGGUGGCGUCCAGUUCCGCACGCUGGCCACGUCUCCGGCCCUCUUCCAGUCGGCUGGGGCGCUGCUGUCGGCGGCGGAGGCCGCCGAGCUCAUCGCCGUCGCGGAGGGCCGCCUGGAGACUUCCGUGGUGGAGGCUCCACGGGGCGGCCGCGGCAAGACCAGCCACGCGAGCCGCACCAGCAUGGUGGCGUGGCUGAGCCCCGAGGACGGGGCGGCGGCGCGACGGGUGUUCACACUGGGGGCAGAGAUACUCUCGGCCAGCGUCAACCAGUUCGAGAGGCUCCAGGUUGUGCGGUACCGGCCGGGCGAGUUCUACCAUCAGCACUUCGACUACUUCGAGUACUGGGAGUACCCUCGUGGCAGCCCGGCGCAACGUGAGAUGAUGAAACGAACAAGGAAGGGCGCCGCGAAUCGAGUGGCAACGUUGCUUUGGUAUCUUACGGAGGACCCUGGGGCUACUACAGAUUUUCCACUCGCUGGAGGGCAGGAAAACAAUCUCACCGUAGGCGAUAUUGAUUGGACAGAGUGCGGUCGGCACGGACUGUCGGUCCCAGCGCGGUUGGGUUCGGCGGUGCUUUUCUACCACAUGUUAGCAAACGGAACGCUCGAUCGCAGAGCCAUGCACGCGGGUUGUCCUCCGGAGGGCGGUCGCGUGAAGUGGGUCGCAAAUCUGUGGCUGUGGAACAGAGACGACGUCUCGGACUACGACGAAGCACUCCAAGGUACCGGCGGCCCCUCCCGUCAGCGGGGUGCCGAGCAACGGACUGAAAUCUGAGGGAUAGCGGAGGCGGAGAAGACAGAGGAGGGACAACACCGCGGAGAACAUGAAGCCGGGGCGCCUCGCUCGGAGCACUGCCUAAAAUGCGAAGGGCGAGAUCUCUUCCUCGGCACGGGUCGGCUGCCAGGUGGUUGCGCUCUGUCCCUCUCGUUUCUCCUUCCUGGGAAACUACCAGGAGGGGAAAACACACAGACACAAAUGAAUCGUCGACUUCCAGGAACUGGGAAGCUAUGGGAAGUGGGGGGAAAAAACUGAAUCCUGUGAAUUGUGCGUUUUUUUUUUUUUUUUGUGUGUGUGUGUGUGUGUGUGUGUCCCUGGGCUCCUCUUAAAGUAUCUCUUCCCCAGCACGGGGCAGGCGGUGUCGAUGGACCCUGCUCUCUUGGCCGAGCGCUGCCGCCCGCCGGACUUCUCGAGGGCGAGGGGCAAGGACGCGGGCACAACGGAGCGCCCUGAGCCAAGCAGUGUGACUCAAGUGGUGCGGAAUGGCAUGGGGCAGU